CGGCUCUUUGCCCCCCUACCUCGCGCACAAAUACAAAUUCAUCUCCACUCACGUCGUCCUUGCUUUUUAUUGUCUAAACCUCCGUAUGAAUAUCUCACCCAUGUGAAACGGAAUCACGCUUUGCGGGAUAGCCUACCAGAUGGUAUUUUCAUAGAAUUUUUGAAUUCAUCCAUUCAAUGCUUCUAGACUGCGAUUUAGGCUACGAAGCAUAGGCUUUUUAUAUAGCCUAUCUACCAUUUGAAUACAAUGGGGAUUCGGAAUUUUACCCUCUACUUUGUUGGCACUGCCUGCUUGUUAAACGUCUCCCUGCAAGGGGAGCAUCAGCGGAGAUUGUACAGAGACCUGAUGACAAAUUACAACCCGCUGGAGAGGCCCGUGUUCAAUGACUCCCAUUCCCUUACCGUCAACUUCAGUUUCAGCCUAAUGCAGAUUAUGGAUGUGGAUGAGAAGAACCAGGUUUUAACAACCAACAUAUGGUUGCAGUUGUACUGGAAUGACUACUACCUUCAAUGGAACACCUCAGACUAUCCUGGUGUGACAAAUGUGAGGUUUCCUGAUAGCCAAAUAUGGAAGCCAGAUAUUUUACUGUAUAACAGUGCUGAUGAGAGGUUUGAUGCUACUUUCCACACCAAUGUGCUGGUCAACUCCUCCGGGUACUGCCAGUAUCUGCCACCAGGCAUCUUCAAGAGUACCUGCUACAUUGAUGUCCGCUGGUUUCCAUUUGACAUCCAGAGGUGUGACCUCAAGUUUGGCUCAUGGACCUAUGGAGGCUGGUCCCUGGACCUGCAGAUGAUUGAGGCCGAUACCACUGGGUAUAUUGCCAAUGGAGAGUGGGACCUUGUAGAGGUCCCCGGACACAGGAACGAGAGGUUCUACGACUGCUGCAAGGAGCCGUACCCGGACGUGACCUUCACGGUGGUGAUGAGGAGGCGCACUCUGUACUACGGACUGAAUCUGCUCAUCCCCUGCGUGCUGAUCUCCACCCUGGCCCUGCUGGUCUUCCUCCUGCCUGCAGAUUCUGGGGAGAAGAUCUCCCUGGGAAUCACGGUUCUACUCUCCCUGACUGUCUUCAUGCUCCUGGUGGCAGAGAUUAUGCCAGCAACAUCAGACUCCGUGCCACUAAUCGCUCAGUACUUUGCCACCACCAUGGUCAUCGUGGGUCUCUCUGUGAUUGCAACAGUCCUGGUUUUGCAGUACCACCACCACGAUCCUGACGGGGGCAAAAUGCCAAAAUGGACGCGCAUCAUUUUGCUGAACUGGUGCGCCUGGUUCCUUCGGAUGAAGCGUCCGGGGGAGGAGAGGGUUCGGCUGGCCUGCCAUAACAAGCAGCCGCGGGGCAGCUUGUCCAGCGUGGAGCUCAACGCCGGCACGGCACCCCCGCAGUCCACCAACGGCAACAUGCUCUACAUCGGCUUCAGAGGGAUGGAGAGCAUGCACUACACAACCACGCCCGAUUCCGGCGUCAUCUGCAGCCGGCUGGUGGCCACGGGCGAGGAGGAGAUGCUGCUGCCCGGCGCAUCGGCGCCCCCUGCUGGUGGGGGCAGGGACCCCGAGUUAGCCAAGAUCCUGGAGGAGGUGCGCUACAUCGCCAAGCGCUUCCACGACCAGGACGAGGACGAGUCCGUCUGCAACGAGUGGAAGUUUGCUGCCUCCGUCAUCGACAGGCUCUGCCUCAUGGCCUUCUCCCUCUUCACCAUCCUCUGCACCAUCGGCAUCCUCAUGUCCGCCCCCAACUUUGUGGAGGCCAUCUCCAAGGACUUUACUUGAGCCCCUCCCCCUGGCAAUUUCCAUAACCUCCCCAUCCCCCUCACAAAAGAAACACACACACUCUGUCCCUCCACAUUUCCCAGGCCAUUUUUCAAGUGCACUCAUGUAUAUUAAUUGCUUAGAAGUAAUUUGUUCAGGGUACUUAAGAUGUUUCUCCCAGUCUGUAGCAGUGUAAGUGUCUUCAUGUGAUGUGAUUGGUGGAUUUUUUGUGUGUCCCAGGUUAGGUAUCAAUCAUGGCACUGUUUAUACAUAUAAUCCAAGUGUGUAGCACCACGUAAUUACUGUAGUUUACUGUAUUUAUUUAUUUUGUUUUCCAAAGGACUUUACAAGUGUCCUGUGAUUUAAUUGAUCUUUUUGAGUUUCAUUAAGGAUGAGGUCUUAUAUCACAUAAACUGAGCAGAAUUUGGUAUUGAACAAUAAAGACAAAAAAGAUUUUAAUUAAGAAAUAUGUUUGAAUCAUUUAUCUGUUAAAAUAUUGGACUCCAGAAUUAAUUCAUUUUCAAAUUCUGUUAUGAAUGGUCCUGCAGAAUGCAAACAAUCAGCUCAUUAUAAACAGCAUUAAAAGCACUGUUAAACAGAGGUGCUCUAACAGCUGUCUAUUUGGACAAAUUCUGAUAAAUAUAAGCCACGUGUGCAUGAAACUAGCUUAUUUAAAACUUACACCUACAACCACUGUUCUUGCUGCGACUAAAGAUUAUCUGCGCUAACCGGAUGGUCAGCUCUGUACUCUUAACACUGAAAGAUUUCUCUCUGCUUGUUCUGAAGCUGAACAUUCCAGUUUGCUGCCUCAUUAUGAAUCAAGGGCCAUGACCAAGGACAGUGGUGGCAGUGUAUGUUCUGUCUUUGGACACAGGGGCACACCCCUUCAUGAAUAUUCAUAAACCCUAAUAUCGACCUGAACUCUCCCAUUACCAGUCAGAACCUUCUAGAAUAUGUAAAUAAAGUGGAUGAAAAGAAUGCAGGAGCUGGCCAAUCUUGUUACUGUACAGAAUCUGUUACCACGUUGUGUAGCCUAUUCACAUAGAAUAGGUUGGGGCAUAGAGAAGAGUUAACACCACGGACAGCAGAACUGACCCUUGCAACACCAGAGUCCAGAACCAGCAAUACACAAAACUACAUGUGCACAUACACGCACAGAGUGCAGAACUCAGAGCGCCUACCGAGUUCCCCCUACACAGGACCACACACACAUGUACAGAAGCCUGACACUACUGAGCUCACCCUACCUAAUUCUACACAGAAAGGCACAAGCAGACACAUACACACACAAACACAAACACGCACAUACUAGAAAAAAGGUCAUGUUAUGUACCCGUGAAUUUCAGCCUCCUCACCCUUGUGUAAAAUAAAUAUAGAAGUCUGAUAUAUUCUUGGUGUGUUUUGUGAAAUACAAAGUUUUGUGAACGCCUACGAAUAAAUGUAUUUUUUUAGAUGUCAUGUAACUAAGGAAACCAAAGUUUUAUUUACAGUUCCUUACUUUGACAUAAAGUCGCAUUGUGCAGAGAAUGUAUCAUUGUUUUCAACUGAAAGCGAUAUUCUAUAAUGUUUAUGUGGUUACAAAUCCUUAAGUGGUGUUUGCACGUUUAUGUGUGUCUUUGUGACACACAUACACACACGCACACAGUAUCCCAUUAUGCAUAAGUACGUCUGGAGAUGACAGUCCUAGUUUAAUGCUUGAAGUGAAAAAAGACAGACAUCAGGACAUGUAAACAGGGAAAUGUGGUAAGUACAUUGCUUUGCUAUUGUAAUUGGAUUGUUACCCAAUUAGCAGAUUAUAUGCAUUCAAGUCAAUACUGGGCAGCAAAAUAUCUAAAUGUAUAUGUGAUUUAUUGCUUAGAAAUAUAUCUCUGGUCUCUUAAGUAAUUUUAAAAUACAAAUAUAAACAAAAGGGGCCUGUGGUAAAUGACUGUUAAAUGAACUAUAAAUGGGGAAAAAACAAACCUUCUCCAACAAGGACAGGAGAUUAAAAUAAUGGUUAGUUCUAGUCUUAACGGAAAUCUCUCGGCAAGGAAUCAAUUUAAGUAAUUUAGUGAAGUCUGAAAACGUAUUGGAAAUGAGAUUAACGUUUGGAGAAGAAUUCACAAUGAGCAGAUGUGCCACUACAUGUGAAAGAGGUGCAGGUGUUUUGUUUACGCUUUAUUAGCUACGUAAAACGGCGAUGGUGGAACGGUCGAAGAUCAAUACGAGAUGCCUGAACAAGAUUCAUAUGAGUGGGGCAACGAUCCAGGUAUCACGUUUCCAGAGUGACCCCGCUGUGACCUCCGUAACGUACCGCUUUCAUUACACGUCACUUUCAUCACCCAAGUGGAAUUAUCAGUGCAUUGACUGGAAUCUGACAGCGUGGUGGGUGGUGAAAGCUUGGCUAGGUGCUGUGUAAUAUUGUGACUUUGUACCUUAAGUAGACAACAACAUUGCAUCUAUAUUUAUCAGAGUAUAGUGACAGUCCGCAGUACGGAUUCGAUCUUUACCUUGUCUGGAAAGGUAGUAAGUAGAUCUAUAAUCAGCGAGAGACCGAUUGAGACAAAAGAAGAGUAGGCUAUUAGCAUCCCAUGUAUCCUCUCUAUGAUUCCGGCGAUAUGGAUCAGGACAGUCGUGUACCUGGCGCCUGUCACCCUCGCUCUGCCCUGCUCUUGGCUCUUCCCUGUGAGAGACUGGCUGAGUUUGAAGACGCCAGGCUGCCAGGGCCCUGGAGCAGCGCAUAGAAGAGGAGCCCUUCCAGCCAUUUGAAACCAGCCUGAGAGAGAGAGAAAAGCUUUUGUUUUCCAUGGACACAAAGGGACUUUCCUAGGAACACGUUCAACAAUUUGCUGAAGUUCGACCUUCCUGAAUUAUUGAUGACAGCUGAUGUGUGAAGCUACAGCAAUCAGUGUUGCCUUCACACAACAGAAAAAGAACUUGCCACACCAUGCUACAUCUCAUUUAGGCGUAGUGCCGCCAUCUUUCUUUGCUAAAUAAACACUCAAGGCCGUAUAGGUUGCCCUAGUCCUUCAGCCGCAGUUUUGGAGGAUAGAGGUGCAUUGUGGCUGUUUGAAUGCGAAUGCAGAGAAUUAGUAUGACCUCUGUGCUCCACAAUGACAAUCAACACUCGGGUGGGAAGACGUCCGCAGGCCUCCCUGUGCUCCGCCCACAGUCGCCUCCCAGGUGUGUUCCCCUCCCCCCCCCCACCUGCUGUGACUCUCUGAAUGGAGAGGAAUGCAAAUGUGUACACCUAAUGCCUCACGCACCAAGGGGCCGUUUCAGCUGGGGCCUGUCUGUUUCAAAGAGCCCCGUCCACUGUAGUCAAUGGUUUCUUCCACAUUACUGCCACUGUCACCGUAGAACAAUGGACCUGCUGUGCCAUCAGCCGGCUUUGCUUUGCUUUCUCUCAUGUCACUCGGUGAGUUCAGCCCUGCUUGAUCACAUAUACAUUGAGACCUCGUGGAUCAAACCUCUGGGCCUGCCAGUCAAAGUCUCAGUCACACAAUGAGUGCAUCACUUGUGACUGACAUUAAAUAUUUAUCGCAGAUGGACUUUUGCAUGGGAGAUAUGAUGUAUGUCACAACAUAUUACGUCAACCUGAGCAAUUUUCUCAGUCUUUAUGGGUCUGCGUUUGCCAGAGGAUUACAAGUCUUCAGAACAGUAGGCUUCAUUUUUAUAAUUGUUUCAUGCUUCCUCUCAUUUUGAAUAGACAACCAAGGCACUCAUAAUUAAGCAUCUACUGUUAAUUUUUUACAUGUUGUCCAGUCUUUUCCCAAGCUUUGGACUACAGUUUGAAUAUGCACAUUUCUGCUCGUUCCCUAAUAUUGGGGCUUUCAUCACCCAAAUGUUUCCCAUCAAUCCAGUUGUCAUUUUCCUCAGAACCGAUGUUGAGUAAAAGCAAGCACCUUGUGAAGAAGAUGCUCAAUGGCAGCACUCUUGUGUGUUUGCCUCCCACAGAAGGCUGAGUGGUACAUGGCAGCCAUCAGGCUUGCCAGUUUUCAUGAUUCAACACAGAUGAUUUUGGCAGGCUGGGAGCUGGGGCAUGACAGCUUGAUGUGACGUGCUUGGGCUGUGGAAAAAGACUCUCUCAUCCAGGCCACCCAGGAGGAAUGAACUCACUUAGUGAAAAGGCUCACCCCCUUCUAACAAGAGUAAACAUGAGGAUGUUUUUGCUGUACAUCAAAAUACCCGGCAUAUAUUACAAGUAUGUGCUCUUGCUCUUCACAUGCAUACAUUAUAGGACAUUUUGUAAAAUUAUAUUGAACAGGUCAGAUAUAUUUAACCAAUGUUUUGUAAUGCAGGACAUAAAUCUACCUUCACAAAAUAGAUCAUAAUCAAUUCUUUAUAUUUGGAUUUCAUGUAUUUUAUUUUUAUCUUGCAUAUAAUUUGUUUAGUGCAAUAAAUAAAAGGAAGAACAAUACACCAGUGAAAUAAUCCAGGUGAAACAUUGCUUA